AUGGCCAACGUUAUACAGGCCCCCAUAGAAUUUCAGCCACGGCCAGUGGGCCACUCUCCCUCGCCACUCUCCUUCGGUUUUGGCUUAACAUCUCACUCAGUGGGCGCGUGGCCUUCGACUAGCCACAUGAAUCCCACCGCCUUCUCCCCCCACUAUGCAAAUAUCCACCAAUCGUCGCCAUCGAAGGCACAGAAGCGCAGACAUGACUCGGAAGAGAACGAUGAGACGAUGGACAGGAGCCCGACUCCGGAGAGACCAAAACGUAUAAUCAAGCGGCUCAAACCGACGGUGGCACAGGAACCGGCCUUGCAUGAGAAAGAGAGCAAAGAAAACAAGGCGCCUGCGCAGGACGAGGAUAACGAUGUAGAUGUUGGCCUAUUGCUAGCGAGCUUGCCAUCCCAGUCCUUGCUCCCGAUUUUGACUUCUCUUAUCAGAGUGAACCCAAGUCUGAAGUCGUUAAUACUGCCACUCAUCCCUCGGCCGACUAUGGAAACGGCCAUCCAAGCGCUUGCAGCCUCGGCUAAGAAGCUACGAGACGCAUAUCCAUAUCACAACCCAAGCACGUUCACGCCCUCGCAGCCACCUGCCGCUUCGCUUGGAUUUGGGUUUGGUCUGAGUGCGAGCAAUAGAUCAGGUAUGAUUCAUGCUUACCAGAGCCAGCCUUCAAUUGCUGACGACUGGGACAAAGUCCCUAGCACGAAUUCAGGCGGCAUGCGUGAAUCUUAUGUCUUGUCUCGCCUCACACCUCACAUUAACGACUUCGUGGCUGUCGCUGUCGCCUACCUACCUUAUUUUUCGUAUAUUGCUAGGGUUGGGCCUGCUACCUCGACAUCCCAAUCGCACUCCACCGCCCUUCAAGCCUUGCAGAAAGACAAGACGCACCCUUCAGAAUCAUUCGCAUUUCUAUCUGCACUCACGACUCACGUGCUUUCGCAACCCGAACUUACCCUGACCGCUCUUCUCCCGCAAAUUCUGCCAAGAAUAGCACAAGAGUGGAAAGCAUGGGUGGAACGCGUCGACGAGAUCGUAAAUCGGCAAAGGGGCAUGUUCGGACGUGAUACCGUGUUGCAGUGGGAACGCACGCUGGACGAGUACGCCACAGCGAAAGGACCCGAGGAAGUCCAGAUAUUCAGAGAGAUUAGAGAUCAGUGGAUAGUCAAGGUAGGAUGGUUAGUGGGACGGCGCCUUCCGCAACAAAUGGUUGAGUAG